AUGGCCUCUUUUCGCACUGCUGCUCGACUAUCCAAGUCGCUGCGCCCAGGUCCGCUCCGACUCAACACGACCUUCUCUCGUUUCUACUCUUCCGAAAAAUCUGACUGUACGGAUAUCGAUUUGAUACUUGGUGCACCUAACUGGUCUGUCAGGUCGCUGCUUCCGAACCCGGCCUCAAAAUCACCGCCAUCAAUCACGCCGAAACAACUCCAUCAUCUGCUACGCAUCUCGGCUCUUCCCCAGCCUGCCAAUCAGGAAGAAGAGCAGUCCAUGCUCGAUACACUCGAGUCUCAAAUUCAUUUUGUGAAGGAGAUCCAACUUGUUGAUACUACCGGUGUCGCACCGCUGGCUAGAAUUCACGACGAAAGUCCUGCUGCGAUAGAAGAGGAAACAAUUGGAAUCGAAAGGCUCAGGGGGGCUCUGGCUAUGGAGAGGGUGUCCGGAAGACGGGGAAAAAUCCAGCGUGUUCCAGGGGAAAAGAACGAUCGUCCGGAUGGAACGGCUUGGGAUGGGAAUGCGCUUCGGUCCGCGACAAGGACAAAGGGGAAAUAUUUUGUUGUUGAAAUCAGCAAUUGA